CAAGAGGAUACGGAUAGAGCGCGCAUAGAGCAAGGAAUGGGAGGAGUGCAGUGACGAGAAUCUCGUUCAGUCGAUUGCAAUUUAUCACAGAAGUCAGAAGUCAGUGACUUUCAGCGAUCGCAACAUCGUCGAACUUCCACAGAGUAUCAGUGAACCAGUGUAAUUAUCUCAAGCAAGAAAUACAAUCUGCAACAUUCCAGUGCAUUGGAAAUGUGAGGCCUUCCUUCCGCAUUGCUAUUGCAUCACAUCAUCGAUUGAAUAGCACGUACACGGCGUAGGCUACAUGCAACUGCUCAGCACUUGCGAAAUUGCGGGAUUUCCCGACCCAUUUACCGCUUGAAUCUGCUUUUAUUCCGAGAAAACAAUUGAUGGACCCCACACAAGAUUCACCAUAGUAACUGCCAGUGCUGGUACCAUUGUCAUUUUCCUUGACAUUGUGGUGUUGUGAAAUCAGCGAGUCAGCGCGCUUGGUGUAAUUUCACGCCGCGUGAUUCCAGCGCGGACAACAACAGAAUCGACGCCGGCUGAACGCGUCGAUCGUCGGCGGCAGUUUCGACGAGUGAGUUCCGUUCCAGCGUGAAACUGGAGCGACCGAGGCACUUUAGCCUUUUAUUGAGACAAUAUUUUGGAACUUUCGGCUUCGUGCCGGAUAGGACUAACCGCAGAGAGCGGAGUGGAGAGCCAGAAUGCACCGAUUUAAGACAUUGUUGACGUUGGGUCAACUCCGGACAGGUAGUUUCAGGACGUUAGGGGGGCCGGGUUUGACCGGCCAGGGACGCCAGGCGCGGCGGGCUUAUGUCUCGCCUGUGGCCGCUGAGCCCUUUCUGAGCGGCAGCAGCUCAAACUAUGUGGAAGAAAUGUACCAAUCUUGGCUGGAGGAUCCCAAAUCGGUGCAUAAGUCAUGGGACAUCUUCUUCCGCAACGCUCAGAAUGGAGCCGCUCCCGGUAUGGCGUACACCCCGCCCCCAGCACCUACCCCGGCGAUGUAUCAGACACCUACCCAGGCAGUCACUGCGACACCCACUCGGACACUGGGGGCGCCCUUGGACCGACGUGUCAUCGAGGAUCACCUUUCGGUUCAGACCAUCAUCCGAUCCUAUCAGAUCAGCGGCCACAACAUUAGUAAUCUGGAUCCCUUGGGAAUCAACAACGCUGAUCUGGCUGGUGAAAUACCUCAAGAGCUCCUUACUAAGAACUAUAAGUUGGGUGAGCAUGACAUGGACAGAGUGUUCACUUUACCACAGACGACUUUCAUCGGCGGGGAGCAGACUGCGUUACCACUACGGGAGAUCAUCAGAAGACUGGAGGACACUUAUUGCCGGAGCAUUGGAGUGGAGUACAUGUUUAUCAAUGACCGGCAGCAAUGCGAUUGGAUCCGGGAACGCUUUGAGACGCCCGGCAUCAUGCAGUUCACUAAGAUGGACAAACGGCUGAUACUGGAACGACUGAUACGCUCCACAAGAUUUGAGGAGUUUCUGGCCCGGAAGUGGUCGGCCGAGAAGCGCUUCGGCCUGGAGGGAUGUGAAGUGCUGGUGCCUGCCCUGAAGAGUCUUAUUGACGUGUGUAGUGGCCAGGGAGUGGAGAGCUUCGUGAUCGGUAUGCCCCACCGUGGUCGUCUGAACGUUCUGGCCAACGUUGCUCGCAAGCCCCUGGAGCACCUCUUCUGCCAGUUUGACUCCAAGCUGGAGGCAGCUGAUGAAGGUUCUGGAGACGUCAAGUACCAUCUUGGCAUGUCCCACUCGCGCCUGAACCACAUUACUAAGAAAGAUAUCCACAUUGCCAUCGUGGCUAACCCUUCCCAUCUUGAGGCCGUUGACCCUGUGGUUCAGGGUAAAGUACGCGCUGAGCAGUUCUACAGAGGGGACACUGAGGGCAAACGGGUGAUGAGUAUCCUGAUGCAUGGUGAUGCUGCGUUUGCUGGCCAGGGCAUUGUCUACGAGACCUUCCAUCUCUCUGAUCUCCCAGACUACUCCACGCAUGGCACCAUCCAUGUUGUCGUCAACAACCAGAUUGGUUUCACCACUGACCCCCGUUACGCCCGCUCCUCUCCGUACUGCACAGACGUGGCCCGCGUGGUCAACGCGCCCAUCUUCCACGUGAAUGCUGAUGACCCUGAGGCAGUCAUGUACGUGUGCCAGGUGGCCUCGCAGUGGAGAUGCAUUUACGGCAAGGAUGUUGUUAUUGACCUGGUGUGCUAUCGACGCAACGGCCAUAAUGAAAUGGAUGAGCCUAUGUUCACACAGCCAACUAUGUACAAGAAGAUCCGCAGCCAUCAGCCGGUACUGUCCAUGUACGCUGAUGCCAAAAUCAAAGAAGGUGUCAUGACACAGCAGGAAUAUGAGGAAGAACUUGUAGUUUAUGACAAGGUUUGUGAGGAUGCGUAUCAGAACGCAAAGACCAUCGCACAAGUCAAGAACUCGGAUUGGCUGGAUUCACCUUGGACUGGAUUUUUCAACUAUAACGUGCCGCUUCGCUACCCGUCCACUGGGAUCAGUGAGGACAUUCUGAGGGAUAUCGGAGAGAAAUUCAGCACUGUCCCUGAGGAUUACAGUCUGCAUGGAGGACUGAAGCGGGUACUGCGUAGCCGCCUGGACAUGGUGAACAAUCGCUCCAUUGACUGGGCCCUGGGAGAGGCUUUGGCCUUUGGCUCCUUGCUGAAGGAAGGCAUCCAUAUCAGACUGAGUGGGCAAGAUGUCGAGAGAGGAACAUUCAGUCAUCGCCACCACAUUCUGCAUGACCAGAACAUUGACAAGAAAUACCUGAUACCUCUGAACAACCUGUAUCCAGACCAAGCCCACUACACCGUCUGCAACAGCUCCCUCUCAGAAUUUGCUGUCUUGGGUUUUGAGCUGGGCUUUUCCAUGACCAACCCCCACUCCCUCGUGAUCUGGGAGGCACAGUUUGGGGACUUCCACAACACGGCGCAGUGCAUCAUCGACCAGUUCAUAUCCAGUGGCCAGGCCAAGUGGUGUCGGCAGAGUGGUAUUGUUAUGCUGCUGCCUCAUGGAUACGAGGGCAUGGGACCAGAGCAUUCGAGUGCCCGCAUUGAACGCUUCCUGCAGAUGAGCAACGACGACUCUGAUGUCGUACCCGCUCUGAAUGAGGACUUUGUGGUGAACCAGCUGUACGACUGCAAUUGGCAGAUUGCCAACUGCACCACGCCCGCCAACAUGUUCCACAUUCUGCGCAGGCAGAUCAUGUUGCCGUUUAGGAAACCGCUCAUCAUCUUUACACCCAAGAGCCUUCUGCGCCAUCCAGACGCUAAGUCGUCCUUUGAUGAAAUGGUUGAAGGAACAAUGUUCAAGCGCGUUAUCCCGGAGGAUGGCGCGGCCUCCCAGAAUGCUGCCAACGUCCGCAAGCUGGUGCUGUGCUCGGGCAAGGUGUACUACGAUCUGGUGAAGGAGAGGGAAAAGCAUGGGCUCAAUGCUGACAUUGCCAUCAGCAGACUGGAACAGAUUUCCCCAUUCCCAUAUGAUCUGAUCAUCGAGGAGAUGAAUAAAUAUCCUAACGCUGAGAUCCAGUGGUCCCAGGAGGAACACAAGAACAUGGGAGCCUGGCACUACGUCCAGGCACGCAUCCACACCGCGGGCAACUGGAAACGACGCUGCACAUAUGCCGGUCGGGCAGCCUCUGCAGCUACAGCAACUGGCAACAAGUACACUCACGUCAGUGAACUGGAUAAUCUACUCGGUGAGGCUAUGAAGCUGGAGUAAACCAGUUCCAUCCAGUUUGCUCAUCGUCAGCCCCGGAGGAAUCUCAUUGUAAUUGAGGGCGUUGUAGUUCUUAUUGGCUGAAUGAUGUGUUAUAAUGUAAUCCAGUUUUGAAAUCCAGUUUUGAAAACUAGAAAUCCAGAUUUGGCUUGGUUUAACUUGGAAAGUUCAGCAUAGGGGAGAGAAUAUAGGUCUUACAUUUAUGCUUCUUAAAAAUCAUUUUUUUUAAAUACACCAUGUUUUUUUUGUGUUUGCUGAAAGUGACCACUUCCAGUUUUGUUUCUUACUGCAUGUUUUGUUCUUCACGACAGAAAUCAAAUUCAUUUCAAAAUUUUUCAAUCUCGCUUACAUGUGCUUCAUGAAAAUUAUCUUUGGGAGAAAAACAAAACAAAUCAGGGAUCUUUCUAGUCUUGUUUGAAGACAGGAUUUGUAGUUUAUUCCAUUUAUACAGCCGGUCCAUGACAAGGCGAGAGGUGACAAGAUGAAUCGAAACCAGUCUUGGCAAUAUUGGCAGCGCUAACCAGGAAAUUCCGAGUACACCUCACACGCACUGUAUUCAAGCUAAUGCAUGCUUUCCUCGGUAGCGCUGCCAAUAUUGCCAAGGCUGGAUUUGAUUCAUCUUAUUAAUGCUACAAACCUCCACCCCCGCGGCAUCUUUACCGCGUUUGUCACGGGACUGGCUGCAAAAUAGGGGAAUAAAAACUCAAGUCCAGUCUUGGAGUAAGACUACUACUAGUAUCUUUCAUGUCUUUGGGAAUAAUUCUUUGAUGGUUUUAAUUCUUAGUGUGGACUUUAAAAUUACCCUGUAUCAUCACUACUCAUGCACAAUGCGUUGGUUAUAAAAAAAAUUAAGGACAUUUGAAUGGGCUGUUUUCAUUUAGUUUAAUAUUCAGGAAGUGAGAUUUUCUUUCAAAAUCAUCUUUAAGUUGAAUUUCCUUGACUGAUAGAAGUAUCCAAUAGUGCACCGAAUUUGAAGUUAAAAUGUUGUGGUGAUAUGGGCAUGUAUUUAUUCUGACUGUCGUCUUCAUGUGUAUUGUGUAUUUUCUUUUCAGCUUGGAAUGUUUCACUUUUGAAGCAAUCUUUUUGGUGAUGGUGUUUCUUUAGAUUUGUUGCUUAUCUUCUGUCAUGUCUGUAGUUGAGGAUGAUUUGUUUCACACUCAGAUAUAUGGGAUAUUAUUUCUCCAUGUUAAGAAAUGCUGCCUUGUUAGAAUGGGGGGGGGGGGUGGACAGUUUUCACAUUGGCUUAUCUAGCUCCCAGACCCAUGUUCUUGAAACUCAAUGGUUCUUGAGUUGGGAGUGCUGAAUGGUAUAUGUUCUCAUCGGAUGACGUCAGCCCGCCCCACCUAUAGCUGCUUCCGACUACAAAAUAUUCAAACCAUUGCGCUACAACUUAAACAUUUAUCGAUUUUAAGAAAAUGUUGAAUUCCUUUGCAAGAACCUCCAUUUUGUCAUCCAUAGCAUUUCAUGCAUUACUUUUAAUUUUUACUUAUGGUUUAGUUAUUCACAAAAAUACUUUUUUGACUGAAAUGUGAAGUGCCUUUGUUGUCAAUUAUGACAGGAUUUUGUAGGCCUAGUUGUUUUGUGGUUCUGUUUUGCUGGUCAAAUCUCCAUUUCAAAAUGUUGCAUUUGUUUUGUUCUGAAAUUCAAUGUUAUCCAAGUUUGUCCGACUGAGGAUUGGCUGGGAAUCUGGCAUUGUUGAAGUUGAGUAACUUAAAUGCAGAUGCCAACAUUUGUUUGUUUCGUUUAGUGCAUCCUGGCUGAACAUGCAACUGGAUGGCUAGGAUUGAUAAAUUCAAGCAUGUUACAUCAUCAUUCAAAUAAUGGUACAAUCAAUGGUGCAAUUUUAGGACGAAAAAAAACCACACUAAUUAUUAUUUGUUUUCGGUAAUGAAACCAAGGAUUCCUCAAAAGCGCCAUUGGCACUGUAGCUCGCAAGCCUAAAGAAAGCUGUUGUGAGAAGACAAAAGACUAGAAGACAUUACAGUUUUAGAGGUGGGAGGAAAACCCCAGAAGAAUAUUCUGGGAAAAACCCACGGAAUCAGGUAGGGACUGAACACCCAAUCCAGGAAUCGAACCCGGGUCACAGCGGUGGAAGGCGAGGACAGAACCAUUGCGCCAACCUGUUUCAGGUAUAAAUGAUACAGUACCUUGUAGGAACACACGUUAAACGUCUGACAAAGUGAACGUCUCGAAAGCUACAGAUGGGUAACAGCAAUUCUUGUGUUCGCCUCUUUCAAAAUGGCAAAGUCUUAAUAUCGCAGUGCAGUGGCACAAUAAUAUUGAGCAUUGUUCUUGUAGUUCUGCAAGAUAUUUUGGAUUUGCAAUACAUCAAUGUUAAUUAGCCGCAGAAACAAUGUACGAUGUGUACAUGUACAUGUCAAUUUAAGAACAGUAAUACGCAAAACGAAAGUCGUUUCUUACUAUUGUAAUAGUUAUUUCAUGAUCAUAAACCACAACAAGACUUCCGGGGGAAUGGAGUACUUAUACCAAACGCUGUAAGGAAUCUGUUGAUCAAAAUGCCAUGUCUUUGAAUUUGGAGCAGAAAGGGAAACACUCGAUGAUUAUACCUGUAUAUAGAAAAAUGAGCACUUUGAUUUUAAUCAUGGCUGAAAAUGUGUCAACUUUAGGAUAAUGCAUGUGCCUAAUAAACACUGCCACUGGUUGGCGGGUAUAAAGAGAAAUACUUUCGGUGCGCAUGCGCGCAUUUGCACGUGACACUUACAGAGCUUCCACUUAUUUACGUGUAGUCAAUCGAAUGGACUGUUGUAUCAUUCAGGAAUUUUAAACGUGUGCGUUAGCAAAAACCAAAUCAGUAGUUGUGCAUUUUGUCACGGGCAACCAGUCCAUCAAGCCCCACCCAUUGUGCACGUGGGCUGCUCCAGUCACUCGCGUCACACACUAAUCAUGGCUGUGAUUGGUCAAAACAUCAUAGGAGGGCGGGGCUAAGUGGAUUGGUCCAGUUGCUGCGUUUAGUUGAAAUAUAACUGGAUGGGUUUUGAAGUACAUGCCGCAUUGAUUACGAGUGUGAGAGUGUAUUUUUGCAAAAGAAAAGAAAAUUGACGUGAUUUUACAAGUAGUGUCUUAAUAUUUGUAUGUGUAAAUAAUGAGAAAAGAUACAUAAAAAUGUGCCAGAAUUGAGCCGUUUUAAAACGGAAGUUGUAACACGAAAUGCAUGUAUAACUAACUUGUAGUUCCGUAUACAACUUUUAAUAGUUUAGCGUAACGUGUCCACGAUUCCAAAGAAUUGUACUAUUUAAAGUACGUCACCUAUAUAAUGUUAAUAACUUUGAUUUUAAGAACAUAAUUCGAUAACACUGCACGAACAUUAAUGAAGAAUGAAAGACUGUUCGUUUGAAAUGUAACACAGAAGAGGCCAUUUCAAACAGAUAUAUCAAUAACCAGUCAACGUUAAGGCAAUUGAAAAAAUAACGGUGAAGAGCGAAAUUGAAAAUAAUUUGGCUCGUAGUAUUUGCAAACUGGAUAGAUUAAAGUUUGCCCUGGAACAAUAUUGAAAGGGCAACCGCAUGCAUUCAACAAAAUAAAGAAUGCUUUCAUGUGCUGGACUGUGACCACAAAUUAAAAUGUUGGGAUUCAUUUUCACCGUUUGUUCAACACUAGUCAUAUUCAGCCUGCGAGUGUAUCAACGAUGGCUUUUGUGAUCGUUGUUCAUGUAUUAUGAUGCAACAAUAGGGGGAAAUAUGUUAUAAAGUACAUUGUCACGACAGUCGUUUUGAGUGCUGCGUCUUUAAUAGACAUGAAAGACUGUGACAUAAUGACGUCCCGAUUUUUUCCUGUGCGCUUUCUUACGGGCGCUCGUUGGCUUUCGUCCCCAUGGCAGCUUUAUGCAAGCGCACAUGUUCAUGUAAAAGCGUGACGUCAUUAUUUUUCAGGCCCAUUGGGCACAUCUUUAACAGUAAACAUGUGGAUUUUUGAACUAAGGUGCAUUUAUUUGUUCCCGCUCAUAGUCGUGUUUGAUGAUAUCAGAGAUUAGAUUGCCUAGUCAUGAAAAAGCAAUGAUUGAGGUAUUUUUCAUGCACUGAUUCGUUUUGCUUCAGAACUGAUUUGAAGAGUGAAAUAAAGAAUAUGUAGAAAAACAACAAACACAAA